UCUCUAGCGACAAUUGGCUGCAUCAAUCAAGGACCGGCUUGGCCGUUGUUAUUCCUUUUGUCCACCAUUAUCGUCAUCGAGCCAGUGUCAUGUCACAUACCACCUCUUCUUCCACGGAGACAACGAACGCACAUCCUUUUACUCUGCCGAGCCCUCGGGCUACACCGGAAAACUACGACUUCGCGAUGGACCGCCUGUCAUCCGUCUACUACAGGGACCUGUCCGCAAAUGGACUGCAGCUAAAAGGCCUGCAAGGGGAAGGCAGGUCGAGUGCUAUCCAGGUCUACUGUCCAGAAGUACGACGAUCCUGCUUCAAUAACAAUUCUCCCAUCAGUCAUCUAGACUCAGUGUCCUGCUGGAGAGGCUUCGACAUGAAACAGGCGGAGGAGAUUUUUUCAUGGGAGUUUGUGUUUCGCAAGGCGCUGGAAGAGCAAAUCGCAGGCAAUAUCCGCAAAUUACUCCCCACGGUACCGGCUGUCGGCGAUGACAUAUCCACGGUUACGCAUUAUAUUGACGUAGACUUGGAAAGUCUUGUGCAUGCGAUGCUUGAAUAUUACUAUCUCGACAAGCUUGACCAGCGACGACCCGAGAGCGCGUGGGCCCUGGCCAAUGGCGACUUGCCUGGUUUUGCGUACAAUUUCGUGUGUACACGCGAUUGUUUCAUCGAUACUUGCUCUCGUUCUUGCGUACAGGUUGACCUUCUCUUUUCGCCGUCCUUGUCAUCGAUCGUGGGCGAAGUCAUCUGGCAGCGGCCAAACAUUGACUUCAACAAUCUGCCGAACAGUCUGCCUCCCGGAGCGCCAUAUAUUAUCCACCCCAAAUGGCGCUCGCCUGACUACGGCAAUAUGUCUGGGCCACGUUUUACCGUCUUUCCUGGCAACGCUGACUUUAUGGUCGAUUCGCAUUGCUUGGCCUUUGAAGCGUCUCAUGCAGGACACACAUAUCUGUUCAAGGCCGUUGUACCCCAUGUCGACAUAUCGAGCCCGGCAACUCCCAUCUUGGAAACAACCCUCACUGCCAAGACAACAGUGCGUUUCCCUGCAGGAGUCCGAUUCCAGCGUACCAGCCGUUACAGCAUCAAGCUCUCGGUUAUGAUUCAAACCGAGUCACUCCAAAGCGGCGACAUUUCGUUCAGACUAUCACGGCGGGUGGACAGUAUGUCGCCGGAACCAAAAGUCCCUGCUGUAAACCACCCAGUCAUGACUCAGGGUGUAAUCAAUGAAGCAAAGGCGGUACUAGAAAAAAGGUCGGCUGUUGCAGGCCCUAGACUUCCAUCGCUUGCGGAAUGGAAAAAGGACAGUACCGCCCGCAUAACCGCUGCGCUGGACGAGCAUAUCAGCAGCAUUACGUCUACAGAUAAUUAUUCGGAUGCACACUAUGACGACAGAACUACUAAGCCGAAAGCAAAGAAACAGAUGGCAGUAAGCUCGCUCAUCGACGGGACACCAUCCAAAUCGACUCGGUUUGCUUUGCACGAACUCGAUGAUGAGGGCACCCCAGAACUCACAGUGAAACGACAACGAAUCUGGCCGAGUGAAGAGGUGCGGUCGACAUUCUCUGACGCCAUGUAUUUCAUGACCGACGGGAACAAUGCUCCAGUCGAUGCAUGGACUGAUAAACACAUGGAUGAUUUGGGACGUCUCUCCACCACGUGCGUAGGUGAAGCUCAAUCCAUUUAUGCUAUCAAGCUCUCGACGCCAACCAAACAAUCGUGCAUCAAUUCGGCACCCGCACACGGCUCAAAAUCUCGUGCAUACACUACCAGUACCGGAAAAUCACGAGUCAUGCCUGGCCUUCGCAAGAAGGGCAGUGUGAAACGCAUGUUGUUUAAUCACCCAGGACGGGCUCACCUUGAUUCACCAGUUGAAGCAGACACGUCUACCGUAGCCUACGAGAAGUUUUUGCCAGUCAAUCCUGAAGACCUGAAGCUGUCACCUGUUGAAGCCUGGACUCCUGAUCAGGCGACUAUUCAACGGAACUACGAUGAGUUCGUCCUGAAAUCGAGGCAUUUGAGGCUGGAUUCAGAUGAAGCUCGGGAAUCAAAGGAGUACGAUAGCUUCUUCUUGAACAGCCCGAGUGGUGCGAGCUCGGUAUCUGACGGGGUAUCGGCGAUGUCGCUGGGCGCUGACUGAUGUUGGGUGUGGUCUGGUCGGGGAAGUGGUUACGGUUAUG